AUGGGCCGCCCAAAGCGCAACCUCCAAGCCGCCGCCGACGAAACCUCAACUCCUCCCCCCGCACUCACCCCCACCCAGUCCAUCGCCCGCGUCGUCAAAGCCGCAGGCAACAACCUGUACCUCUGCGCGCUCCCGAACACCAAGGAACUGCUCUUCGAGCUGCCCUCGCGCUUCCGCAACACGAUCUGGAUCAAGCGCGGCGGGUACGUGCUGGUGGAUACCAAGGAUGGGGAGGUGCGGGAGAACAAGCUGGGAGGGGAGAUCUUGAAUGUCGUGCGUGAUGAGAGGGAGUGGAGGAAGGAGGCGUAUUGGCCGAAGGAGUUCGUUAAGGUGGAUCCGUAUGCGGAUUCAGGUGAUGAGGAGUCGACUGUGGGGAAGAUGCCGCCGUCAAGCGACGAGGAGGAUGAUGAGCAGUAA